GAUGACGGCAGUAAUUUUGUAAAUAUUGCAGCGUACACAAAAUCUGCACAGCUCUCGUUCCAUUGUACUGUAGCGAGCAAUUAAAGUGUUGCAAUAUUUUUAUAUAAAAAAACCCGCUUUCUAAUGUGAUUGUCCAUUGUGGAGGUUGUUUAGUUGAAGCCGCCACACCUCUCGCUCCUGGCUGGUUCUAGUGCACCAUCCCACGGCACCAUCUCACGGCAGCAAGGUGGCGAACUAUACCGGAUCCAGCACAGCGGGUGGAAAAAUGCGUCGAACGCAGGGCGGCUACAGCUACCAGCCGCUGCCGCAGCAGGCCGCCGGCCCCAGCAGCGCCACCGGCCAUGAUGCGCUCGAGGAGGAAAACGAGCGCAUGGCCGAGGAGCUGAAGGGAAAGAUCGGAGCACUGAAGUCGCUCACGAUCGACAUCGGGAACGAGGUGAGGUACCAGGACCGGUUGCUGCGGGGCAUCGACGAGGAUAUGGACCGGACCGGCGGCUUCAUGUCGAACACGAUCAACCGGGUCGUGCGGCUGGGGAAGGGCGGCCACCGGAACUACAUGUGCUACAUGUUUCUCUUUGUGCUGGCCGUGUUUUUCGUGCUGUAUGUUGUGCUGAAGCUGCGAUAGUAGUUUACGUGACUCCCUUCCCGUUUCAUAUUUUUGUAUUUACACACUAUCACACCAACGAUACGAAUGUUUGUUAUAUUAAAGUAAUUAUGUACACAACUAUCCUUAAUA